AUGACGUUCAGGGAGCCUGACCGGCACUUACACAUCCCCCAUGAUGACCCGUUGGUCAUAGAAAUGAAAAUAGCCAACUCUCGGGUGAAAAGGAUCCUUGUUGAUAGCGGGUCCUCAACCGACAUCGUUAUACUCGACUGUCUGCUUAAACUCAAGUACACCGAGAAGGAUGCGAUCCCUACCGACCAGCCGUUAAUAGGUUUCGGAGGCGGGUCGGUCUACCCUCUCGGGUAUGUGAAGCUGGCUGUAAGACUCGGGGAGAGAGGAAAGGGUAGGAGUCUACCAGUAGACUUCCUAGUUGUUGACACCCCGCUACCCUACAACGCUAUCAUGGGCAGGCCCACCAUGAACAAGAUAAAGGCAGCUAUCUCGGUAUAUCAGCUGCUGUUGCAAUAUGAAACCGAUGAUGGGCAAGUCGGGAAGAUAUAUGGGGAUCAGCAAACAACCCGGGAGUGCUACACCAACAACUUCCAAACAAGGGUACCCGAGGAGACGAAGGAGAAGAAAAGAAAGAGAGAAGAACCGGCAGAAGCCCCCCUGGACUCGGGGUAUAUAUAUCGGAAAACCCCAAGUUCUACGAACGACCCCGACUAG